AUGUUCCGCUUUUAUCGAACGAUGGCAACUUCAACGGUGGUCGGAGCCUUAGCGUGCCAGAGAAACUCAUUUCUCACAUCAUUCACUACUACUGUUGUAUCAUGCGAAGCAAACAAGGCGCCUGAAACUUCAAAAGAUAAGCAAAACAAGAACAAGAAAAAAGCCAGUCCGACGGAACCUGUUUAUGCUGUGGAAUUGAAAGACACGAUCCUCUUUCCAGAAGGUGGAGGUCAACCUUACGACACCGGUUCAAUAGUCUUGCCGGACUCUACCAAGGUCUCAGUGUCCAAGGUCGUGAGAGAGGGUGUUACUGCUCUCCACAUAACUCCAACUCCAAUAGAACCAGGUACUAAUGUUUCCCUCGAGAUUAAUUGGGAUAGAAGACUUGACCACAUGCAGCAGCAUACGGGCCAACACUUGCUUUCUGCGGUUUUAGAUUCUUAUAAAAUUGAAACCUUGGGCUGGUCGCUUGGUGAGAAGAUAAACUACGUUGAAUUGCCUAUGAAAGUGAGCGACGAGAUUGUGGAGGAAGUGAGUCGCAAAGUCAAUGACUAUAUAUUCAAGGCAAUCCCGAUAGAGGUGGUGACACCAGACCAGCAUGGUGGGGAGCUUGAUAUCUCUCAUAUUCCCGAAGACUAUGAUCUUUCAAAGGGAGUAGUCAGAGUGGUCAAAAUUGGCGAUCUUGAUGCAAAUCCAUGCUGUGGCACCCAUCUCACAUCGACCUCGCAAAUAACUGCUAUUUCUUUAUUACAUCAGACUAAUAUUCGAGGUGGUAAUUCCCGUUUACACUUUUGCUGCGGUCAUCGUGUUGCUAAGCUCGCAUCAGAGCUGCUGGCCAUUUUGAAGAAUGCUGGAGCAUUAUUGUCAUGUCAGUCUGAUGAGAUCACUUCAAAAAUUGAGCUUUUGAACUUCAACUACAAGAAGGCAAACUCAACAGUUUCCAAUUUGUUGAAAGAGAUUGCAGCAAGCGAAGCCAAGAGGAUUUACGAUCUGUUCAAAGAGGGCUCACAGGUGGAGUAUGCAUUCAGAGAAGACGAGAACCCCGAAUAUGUUCCCUUGUUGCAGAAACAGUUGCUUACCUUCAUCAACCAAGACAAAAGUCGUGGAAUUGACCUUGAAAAAACCAACACUGUCGUAUUUAUAAAUGGGGAGCGAAAGGAGAAUACCAAAGGAAUGGUUAAAAUCAUGGGACCGCAGGCCCAGACCAUACUGGCGGAGUUGAAAUCACGCUUGAGUAACUUGGCUGGUGGAGGCAAGGGUGCUAUGUUCCAAGGCAAAAUAACGGGACUUGGCAAGAUUGAAUUAGCUUCAGUGAUAGAAUAUUUGGAGAAGAUGAAGGUGAGCAGCUAA